GAAACGCGUCGCGAUCGCUGCGAACGGUCCGUGUAAAAUAGAAAUUUGUUUCAGUGUUGGCCUAACAUAUAUGGAAAUUACUUGUGCUGCAACGGAAUAUGAAACCAGGAUCUGCAAGCUGUCAAUGAGAAAUCCCCCAGAGUGCCCACACUCGACCUACCUGAAAAAUUCACAAAAAUCUGAAAAAAAGGCUUUAGCACUCUUGCGCCAUGUGUUCCAAAACAUUGCUGCUCCUGGCCGCCAUUCUAGCUGCUCGCUGUUUUGGCAGUGGCUCUUCUUGCGAGGAGGCAAUGGAAUCGACGGGGCAGGGGCUCAGAAACAAUAGAUAUGGCUAUAGAAGCACCACGGACAACAACUACGACGAUUACAACUACAAGUGGGAUGUGGAUGUUGAUGGCAUUGCAGAUAGCAACGAGGACGACAACAAUGACAACUAUAACUACAACAAAGCACCGGCCAAAUGGCAGCAGCAAAAACUCUACGGAAAUCCCAUCCACAGCAUAUACGACAGGCAACAACAUCUACAACGGCAGCAGCAACAACAUGAGCAGCAACAGCAGCAGCAGCAGCAACAGCAACUCGAACAACAGCAACAGGGACAGUUUGAUGAUGAUCCAGAGAAUGCUCGCAAUGACUUCCGUCUGCAAUUGUCCGACUUAAAUGCGGCCGUUCAAGGUGUGGGCAGGUUUGUUGUUGCCCAGGACCAUGACAGCAGCAACAGCAACAGCAACCUCAACGACAACAGCAACAUCAACUGGCUACAGCCACCGGAGCAGGAGCAAUUGUUGCUGGCACGUCGCAGUCGCAGCAGCAACAUCAACCAAAGGGCAACCAUGGAUGAAGCAGCCGAAGCUGGUGAACCAGGUCAGGCGGAGCACACUUACAAUGAGUCGCCAUCUGGCGCGGACAUCGAGGGCGAGGAGGAUUUUGCGGGCCAGGAUGAGGAUGCGGACGAGCUGAGUUUCCUGCUGCCCUACGGUAUCCAGAAUGUGCGCAAGCGUCGCGUGCGCAGCGUUAUGCCACCGGUACCUUUUCUGGGGCCCAAUCCCAACUCAGAUGGGGUGGUCACCUAUCAGUCGCUGUGUCCCACGAAUCGGGUGACCGUGAAGCUUGAGAGCGGCGACUACCGACCCAAUCACUACGUGGAAGUGACCUGUGCCCACAGCUACUCUCCCCAGCCAUCAAGAUCCCACAACUACGAGUACGGUUACAGGGGCAAUGAACUGCUCCGAGCUCUGCUCUCCGAGCGCGGUGAAAAACGAGAGAUCUGCUCGGCGACGGGCUUCUCGUGCAUCCAGCUCAACCGCACCAUCCACCUGAUCCGGCUGAACGACGCCUCCGGCUGCUGGGAAUCGGAGACCCGGACCGUGCCCUCCGGCUGCGAGUGCAUGUGGCCGAAGCACAGCUACGGCGACAUAGCCUUCUACCACCAGGCGCAGAAGAGGCGGGGCGGCGUGAAUGGACUGCGACCCCAAGUCCCCAUCAAUGUGGAUUACAAGCCGGGCGUUGGCUAUCGCCAGCUGACCCUGAGGACGCGGAAUCCCAAGCAAGCUCCUCGCAGUCGACGCGAGAAUUUGGGCUACGAGAGCUACGAGUUCAACUAGUUUCGAGGCGGAGUUCGCCCAACUGGUUGCGUGUGCUUUUUUUGUGGUUUAGCAACUAAGUUUGACCCGCAUAAAUUAUUUUUCGCUUUAGCCUUAGCAUUUAGUCAAGAGAGAGCCCCCAGUAAUGGUGUAUAAAAAUAAACGAACUACAAUGGAGCAACAAAAUGUGGCAUUCUAUGAUUACGUCGGGGGGAUUACGAAGGAGGAUUACGGAAAUUAAACUGCGUUCGCCGGCGGGCUUACACUAAUCCACUUGAUGUGCAAUUCUGUAAAUGCA